AUGAGCGCACCAAAGGUGCCCACCAAAACCGCAACACCCUCCGCUCCUGGCACGUUGAACGGUCCGCCAUCUGGCAACAACCAUGCAAUCCCGCUCAGUGCUCGACGGGCUGAGCCGCUUGAUAUGACAACUGUAGAGCGUCGCGGGCACCCAAAGCGACGUACGGACGAGAAGCCACGCAGUCACCGGCUGUUCGAUAUCCCAAAUGCGCCAGUCUUCAGACCUACGGAGGAAGAGUUUCGUGAUCCGAUGGAGUACAUGCGCAAGAUUGCACCCGAGGGCAGCAAGUACGGUAUUGUGAAGAUCAUUCCACCAGACGCCUGGAAUCCACCAUUCGCAAUCAAUACUGAGCGAUUCCACUUCCGAACCCGUCGACAGGAGCUCAACUCUGUUGAAGGAGGCAACCGAGUAAAUAACGACUAUCUCGACCAGCUGGCCAAAUUCCACAAGCAAAAUGGCCACAACCUCAAUCGCUUCCCAAGCGUCGACAAGCGACCACUCGAUUUGUACCGCCUGAAGAAGACAGUCGAGCGCAAAGGAGGGUUCGAUCUCGUGUGCAAGAGCAAGAGAUGGGCUGAAGUCGGGCGAGAUCUCGGAUACAGCGGAAAGAUCAUGUCUUCAUUGUCCACAUCGUUGAAGAACUCAUACCAGAAGUGGCUGUUCCCAUAUGAGGAGUACCUGCGCUUGGCCAAGCCAGGGGUACAGCACCAGAUGGAGAUGAUGAAUGGUGGACCGUAUACUCCCUCACCCGGUCCUUCACCGGCGAAGCGACCUCCAGGCUCCGCCAGCACCACGCAUACGACACCUCACCACACUCCUCAAUCGAUGCCGCCUCCUCACUCAAGUCAGCCUCACCCCAACCAGCCCAUGCCGCAUCAACCUCAGCCACCGACCACAGGCGGGUUCACACCCGUUAAUGCCGGUGGCUUCACGCCAGUCAACGCUGGCGGGUUCACCUCAGUAAACGCUCAUCCACCACCGCCAGCCCCCACCCCGAGCUUCAUGCCUGUCAACGGAAUGAACGGACUCCUGCCAAGUAAUGGAACGCCACAGCCUCCUCAUCAAGCCCACCAGCUUCCCGAGAACGGACCGUCUAGCAAUCCACAAUUAAUCGCACCGAAUCCGACCGGGCUUGCGGCACUGAAGCGACAGCAUUCCGAAUUGACUCCCGACGAGGUUGACCUCAUCAACAGGCGAAGCAAGCGCUUGCGGAAAGAUGUGCCUACGGUUGCUGGUAGCAACAUGCAUCACUCACGCAUGUCUGCAGCGCGCUUUCAAGCCGUCCGUGAUCGUGUGGACUUUCGACCGGGCGAGAUGUGCGAAACAUGCGGCAAAGGCGAUGACCCGCAUCGACUCCUCAAGUGCGAGAGCUGCGACAAUGUGUACCAUAUGGGAUGUCUGGACCCUCCACGCACACAUGCGCCUGAACACGAGUGGCACUGCCCUCGCUGCUUGGUCGGUACCAAUGAGUACGGCUUUGAGGAAGGCGACGUGUACUCCCUUGCCGGCUUCCAACGGAGAGCGAACGAGUUCAAGAAUUACCACUUUUCGACUAUCCCACGGCAGUUUACUCCGUUCAACGAAAACAAGAACUUUCUUGUCGAGGACGACGUUGAGCGCGAGUUUUGGCGUCUGGUGGACGAUUUGUCAGACGCGACCGAAGUCGAAUAUGGUGCCGACAUUCAUUCAACCACGCAUGGCAGCGGGUUUCCGACGAUUGAGAAGCACCCACGCGAUCCUUAUUCUAUCGAUCCAUGGAAUCUCAACACUCUCCCACUCGACAAGGAGUCGUUGUUCCGGCACAUCAAGUCUGACAUUUCUGGCAUGACAGUGCCAUGGCUUUACGUCGGCAUGGUUUUCUCCACUUUCUGCUGGCACAACGAGGAUCAUUUCACGUACUCGGCAAACUACCAGCAUUUCGGCGAGACCAAGACUUGGUACGGCAUUCCUGGCGAGGACACCGCCAAAUUUGAGCAAGCAUUGAAAGAUGACAUGCCUGAGCUUUUCGAAACUCAGCCGGACCUGCUGUUCCAGCUGGUCACACUCGCCAAGCCCGACAAGCUUCGUAAGGCAGGCGUGAGAGUGUAUGCCGUUGAUCAGCAUGCUGGCGAGUUUGUCGUCACCUUCCCGAAAGCGUACCACGCUGGUUUCAACCACGGCUUCAACUUCAACGAGGCCGUAAACUUCGCUCCUGCCGAUUGGGAGCCUUUCGGAGAGGAGGGUGUCAAGCGAUUGAGAGAUUACCGGAAGCAGCCAUGCUUUUCCCACGAUGAGCUACUCUUAACCGCAGCUUCGCGCGACCAGACCAUCCGUACUGCAAAGUGGCUAGCCCCAGCUCUUGAACGUAUGCGUGAUGACGAGCUCGGCAUGCGGCAGCAAUUCCUGAGUGCAAGCGCCAGCAUCGAAAGCGGUACGUCGGCAGAGGAACCCUACCAAGGUCCUCGCUACCAGGGAAAGCCCGAGACGAUCGACCCUGCGACCGAAGAAGAGGAGGUCAUCUGCACGUUCUGCAAAUCUUACUGCUAUCUCUCACGCUACAUUUGCAAGAGAUCCGGCAAGGUUCUGUGCUUGUUGCAUGCUGGUAGCUACGAAUGCUGUGAAGCAAACGAAGCGGACCGAUACUCUGGAGGAGCGUACAAAGACCAUGUGCUCUACUAUCGCAUGGGGGAUGAGCCCCUCAAGACUAUCGUCCGCAAAGCCGUCGACAAAGCCAACAUUCCCGAGACGUGGGCCGCGAAGGUCGACAGUGAGCUGGACGAGAACGAUCGUCCUUCACUCAGGCACCUUAGAACACUCUUGGCAGAAGGCGAAAAGAUUCAGUAUGAGCUGCCGCAACUCGCAGACUUGAGGCGUUUUGUGGAUCGGUGCAAUGAGUGGGUCGAGGAGGCCACUAGCUACAUCACCCGCAAGCAGACCAAUCGUCGCAAGAGCGAGAAGCCCGCCCGCAAGAGCACUGCCAAGAUGGUCGAAGCUGAGGAGCGCGACAAGGAACUCCGCAAGGUCUCGAAUAUCCAGAACCUCCUGGCAAGCGCAGACAAGAUCGGUUUUGACUGUCCAGAGAUCAAUACCCUGCGUGAACGCGCCGAGAACAUUGAGGAGUUUCAAAGAGAUGCCAACGCUGCCAUUGGAGACAUUCUCUCCCGCACGACUGCGGACUUCGAAGAGCUCGCUGAGCGCGGUCGAGACUUCCACGUGGACAUGCCGGAGAUGGACAUGCUCGAGCGUGUGUUGAAGCGACUGAGAUGGAACGACUCUGGCAAGGAGAAGCGCCCGAACCCCGAGACUGGCCGGCAAGAGCAGACCCUUGGCGAAAUCGAGAAGCACAUCAAGGAAGGCGAAGAGCUUCUGGUACCGGACACGAAUCCCGACAUGGCAUUCUUCCGCGAGCACAAGGCUCAAGGAGAGCUCUGGGAGCAAAAGUCAAAGGAGCUCAUGGCUGUCGAACAAGUGCACUACCAGCAGCUCGAUGCGCUAUCUCGGCAGGCUUCGACGCUUCCGGUCACACCAGAGACACUUGCGGCUGUCGAUGCUAUCUUGAAGAAGCAGCGCGAAGUGCAGGAUAAGAUACAGUCUCUGGUUGAGCGAAGCAAGGAUCCCGAGUUCCGCAAUCGUCCUCAUUACCGCGAGAUGAAGGAGGUUAUGGACGCUCUGGACGAACUUCAGAGUAAGCCCAAUGGUACCAUCGACCUUGAGAAAGAGUCCAAGCGUCACGAGGAUUGGAUGCGACGAGGCAAGAAGCUCUUUGGAAAGGCCAAUGCACCGUUGCAUAUUCUUCAUCAGCACAUGAUCACGGUUGACAAGAGAAAUGAGUCCUGCUUCGAUCUGACCGACAAGCCACGCGGGCCAGUAGAGCCGUCAUCUCGUGCUGCCACACCCGAGGAAGGCGAAGGUGCUCCGCAGACAGAAGGAAGCAGCUCUAGCAGAGAUGUUUUCUGUAUCUGUCGCAGAUCUGAAGCCGGCAUGAUGAUCGAGUGCGAACUCUGCCACGAGUGGUACCACGGCAAGUGCCUCAAGAUUGCCCGAGGCAAGGUCAAGGAGGACGACAAGUAUACCUGUCCCAUCUGCGACUGGCGUGUCAAGAUCCCUCGCGAUGCAGCGCGGCCAAGACUUGAGGAUCUCCAAGCGUGGCAGGAUGAGCUCGAGACCCUGCCAUUCCAGCCGGAAGAGGAGAAGACGCUGGCAAAUAUCUGCAACUAUGGUCAGAACUUCCGCGAAUUCAUCAAGCCUUACGUCGAGCCCGCCAUGCCUCCGACUGCUGACGAAGUCGGUGUACUGCGAUUCUACUUGCGAAAGAUCGAAGGUGCCGACAUCCUCCUCGCAGAAGAGACAAACUACCUGCGACGCGAGCUUCACAAGUUCGCCCCUGUUGCGCCUGUUCCGCCGCCCGUUAUUGCAGCUUCUGGCUCUACUCGCAAGCCGCGCCCGACCAAGCAACAGAAGCUGAUGGCUUCCCUCGGGAUUACCAAUCCCGACCACCUUCCCACGCAAUACAAGAUGAAG